UAGUGUGAUUGUUGUUUGCCAGCGUCAUCUAAAAAGAUUUUCUUUUUCGAAUUUCUAUUUCAAUAAUAAUUGGCAAUAUUUUUUUUUCUCGAUAAUAUUCCACAACAUAAAUAAUCACAUCAUGGCACCACCAAGUACUGGAAAAGCGGUAAAAAAAUCUGGUAAAGCCCAGAAAUCUGUUCGUGUAUCGGAUAAAAAGAAAAAACAUCGCCGCCGUAAAGAAUCAUUCUCAAUCUAUAUCUAUAAAGUAUUGAAACAAGUACAUCCAGAUACUGGAAUAUCAUCCAAAGCAAUGUCUAUAAUGAAUUCAUUUGUGAAUGAUAUUUUUGAACGUAUAGCUGCUGAAGCAUCAAGAUUAUCACAUUAUAAUAAACGUACCACAAUUACAAGUCGAGAAGUACAGACUGCUGUACGUCUUUUAUUGCCUGGUGAAUUGGCCAAACAUGCUGUAUCCGAAGGUACAAAAGCUGUAACCAAAUAUACAUCAAGUAAAUAAGAAACCAAGACAA